AUGUCUCAUCAAAAUUUUUCUCCAUAUUUACUACAAGAGCUUCCAGAUAUUACAGACAGCAUAAAUUAUCCCAUACAAAAUGUACAACGUAUAAAGUAUACAUGUUUUGAUAUAUCGAAGUCAUUAAUUGCAUUUGGUGCAACUAGCGGUGGAAUAUACAUCUUCAAUAGGGAUCCAUGUGAGUUUAUGCAGUUGAUACCCAAUAAGAAUGGAGCCAUCACACGAUUGGUCAUAUCGCCAGAUGAGAAACACAUUGGAUUUGCAAAUGGCCGAGGCCUGGUCACUGUUGCUGGAUGUAACCAAUCGCUCAGCGGUAACCAGUCCACCGUUACUUCUAAAGAGCACCAAGGAAAUGAGAUCACAGCAAUGAUUUGGAGCGCUAGCCGCAUGCUGUUCACUGGCGAUGAUGUAGGAAAGAUAUCAGUUAUGCAACCACAAAAUUUUAUCGCCAAAACCAUGUUCCAGAGCUCAUCACUGACUAUUAUGAGUUUAGAUUCACGAAUUUGCCAAUUAGAUAUGAAAUCUAGCAUGCUGCUCGUGUCAACACUGACGCGAUGCUACAUUUGCGAUACCUCCAGAGAACAAUACAGGCAGAUCGGACAGAAAUUCCGUGACGGCGAAUAUGGUGCAUGUUUCCUUAAUAAAGAGAAUAAUAUUGAACAGGCAACGGAAAAUGAUGCACAGAACUUCACUGAGGUCCGAAGGUAUAACAUUGUAGGAGAGGAUUCUGGUUUUACAGUCGGCAAGGAAGUAGAAAACACCCUUAUAUUUUGCGCGAGACCUUCGUCCAGAAUCUGGGAAGCUACAAUAGAUGGAACAGUAGUAAGAACACAUCAAUUUAAACAAGUACUUGCAAGGAAACCUAUGAAAAUAAUCUCAGUAGAGUCAUAUGAAACCCAAAAUGUCUGUUUGGAAGAAAUAUCCUGUGAGAACGAAGGACAAUCGGUUAAUUUCUCCAAGAUUUUCGCAAUGAACGGUGCCAUAUUCUCCUUUAAGAAAAACGCGUUAUAUUUUUUAAAUAUAAAUGACGUCGAUCAAACAAUUUGGUUUGAUUCGUACAAAGAUAUUAUUGAUUGUAAAAUAUACCAUGAUAUGUUGUAUAUGUGGUUGUGCAACGGCUCUCUAGUCUGCUUGAAGUAUUUGAGGGUAGAUAAGUAUUUAGUGAAGUGCUAUGUCGAAGAGAAGUAUGUGCUGUGCGCACAGAUGUGUGCCUUAUUCAGUAAAUAUUUACUGACCAACGUCUUGUCCCCUAAGUUGCACAUUUUAGUCAGUUUGAGAGAUAAAGUGGAUGACAACGAGCUAUUAAACAGUAUUAAAGAUGUACUAGAUAAAUUUGAUAACUUGAAGGCCAACGACUCUACUCAAAUGAAAUCCGGAAUAUAUGUACUUGAUAACACUUAUAAUGCGCAGACGUCGUUAUUUGAAGAUACAUCAACAAAACCUGACGAAUAUAAGUUUAGUUCUUUGUCUCCAGAAGCAAUGCAGACUUUAAAAGACCUAAGUAUAUCUGUAUCAGACAAAUUAAGUACGAGUAAGAAAAUAUUAAAAGAAAAGUGGGAGGGUUUUGAAGGUAAAAUGAAACAUCUCAGUAUUGACAAGAAUCUAGACAUAAAAGAAAUCCCACAUAUCGAGCCACAUACGCGUAUUAUCAAAAGAAUACCUUCAGAAGAACUGAUCGCUCGGACGCAACAUGUGUUAAAUAGUGACAUAAUUUAUAAAGGUACUAGUCAAAUGGCCAUAGAUGUAGACAAUAAUAUAUUAGACAAGGAUAAGGCGUGUAAGUCUAUCUAUCAGUGUUAUAAAUUAAGCUUAGUCAGUAAGGAGACGGAACAAUCUAACUUAGUAUCUACUAUCGAAACUUAUGCCUGUGAUAUUAGCCAGAUCUACGGACUUAUGUUACAAUUAGAAAGAUAUUGUGCCAACGUUGGCGCCAUUGAAGAAUCUAAAUUUGUACCUAAUCAUAUAUUUCUCAUUUAUUUGAGUGAAACAACGCAAAAGGAAGAAGCGUUAGAUUUUAUUAUAAAAGACGAAACUUUAUACAAAUAUUUUGUAGACUCUUGUAUAUCUGUGAAUUUGAAGACUCAGAAGAUAUCGAAUAUCGGAUGCGCUUGUGGAUUUCCACUACCUUAUUCAAGAACUCUUUACACUCCAGCGUUUUCUGAGCUAAUAGAUGAAUUCAUUGAGAGACAAUGGUCCAAUCAAACACGUAACCAGUGCUAUGAUAUGUGCAAACGUAUGCCAUACUUGUGGAGGAAAAUUUUAUACUUGAGACGAAACGAGGACUUAUUGAAUAUUUUGAUGGUACUGCUACAAAUGUUGGACGAAGGAUUGUUGCAUUCCUUCUUACCACAGUUCACGUUGGAAACGUGGGAGCGAGCGGUACAACUGUAUGCCAUAUUACACGCCAAUAUAUGUUUGAAUUGUGCUAAAAAGUUCGAUCAUAUCUCAGUGAGGGAUACGUUGAGUUGGGAUGAUCUCGGACGUUUGAUGAUCAAGUCGAUUGGAAGCAGAAAUGCUAUAAAAGUGUUGGAGAAGUACGCCGGUUUGAUAGACGAGGGGGCGAUCACAGUCAAGUUUUAUCACACCUGUUUGCUUGUCACCAUGUAUGAGAGAUAUGACGCCACUAUUACAGCGGACCUCACCGAUACUAUAUACAGCUCUUACAAUUUCGAAGAUUCCAAAUUUGAGAUUUGCGAAUUACUACGAAGUACAUUAAAUGGCCACACGAAGAACACAGCUCUACCGAUCAUUGUGGCCGCUAAGUCUAAACACUGGGGACUCCAACCCCUCAUCGAAAGACCCGUCGGGGACUUCGAACGAGUACAAGAGUACAUAAAAAAUGUGGAUCUCGACGAUAUUUUAGAAAACUUGCAUUACAUAAAUAACGGCAUCACUGAUUGUAUACUCUGUGGGCUGCCACUUCAUAAUAUUGUGUUAAUCAAAGAUGGCGGGCUCUGGGCUUUCAAGUGUGGUCACACUUUUCACGGCGCUUGUUUAGACUUAAAUAAAGUCAAGUUAUGCCCUUCGUGUUCGCCCGUCAAGUGA